AUCAGAAAUCAGUCUUUUCAGUUAAAAUUACACAUUCAAUUUCAGCUAUAAAUGGUCCUGCAGAAGAGAAUAUAAUUCAGUUAUUCAGUGGCCUCAUUCCUGUACAACUAAAUCAGUACAUUCUACUCAAUAUUAAUUAUCAUUAAGCCCCACUGAGCAUGACACAGGAGACAGGAGAAAAGAAAAAAAACACCAGGAGACAGAAAUGGAAAAAAAAAAAAAGAAAGAAAGAAAGAAAAAACCUUUGGGCGAAAUGAGGUUCAGAAUAUUUCUAGGAAAUUUUAUUAAUAUCUUAUGUAGCUUUGACAAAUACUCUUGUGCUGAGAACACAGUUCAUUAUAUACAUGUCUGUUGUAACAGUAUGUGGGGUGUAGUGUACAUUUUAUUUUGUUGGUUAAAUGUACUUGUUCAAAAUAAUUUCCAUUCCAACUCCUUUAAAGCAACUAUAUAAAGAUGUAGCACAGGAAGGAUCUGUGAGCCGCUAGUGAAACCGCUGCUGAACCGAGGGUUAGUGAGUGUACUACAGCUACAACACCACACAUUAUUCCAACAAGUCUGAAUAACUUUCAAGGAUUACAUUCAAGAAAAAAACAAAUAGCAGCUUAAACUAAACAUAAACACUGUGUGCAAUCACUUCCAUAGAAGUAAACACAGUCUUGAAUUUAUGAUAGAAAUGAAAGAAGUUUAACAGCAUUUGAUUUCAUGACAUUUUAAUGCAAUACUCAGAUAUGACCACUUGAUUGUUUUAUCAAUAACAACUUUGCGGUUUAUAGUGAACAAUAAACUACCUGACUACAUAAAACAAACAAUCAGACUCUCUUUUUGUUAUUCUGAGACAGUUGUUUGCAUUUAGGUUACAGAGUUUAUAUUGCAAACAGUAUAAACACGUCGUAGCUCCUGAUAUGAAGACUUUGUUAUAAUGUUAUAAAACUCUGUAAUAUUAUAGACAUAUUUACAGUUUAUUGGAAAGAUUACUGCAGCCGCGUCUCCUCUGGUUAUUAACUACUGCCCUCAAACCUCUCCGUUAAUUCGGUGCGACCUACUUUCUGACAGAGGCUCAUUAUAUUAAGUGACAACAGCGUCAUAUAUGUUAUUUUGUCGUUUAGAAGCGCUGGCUGGAGAAGCGUGGAUCCUCCUGAAGGGUUUAUUCUGGGCGGUCUCUCUCUCUCUCUCUCUCUCUCUGGGCGCUGACUUAUCUCACCAACAGGGGCUUCUGUGUUAACUGAGGCUAAAUAAACACAGAUGAACUGUCGAGCACAUUCACAAAAAUGUCCUGGCAAUGUCUGCCUGACUUCACAAGAGUCUGGAAACCGCAGGAGCAGCGCGUCCCUCGCAAACACACACUGACAUGAGCUCUUAAGCAGCAGAAGAAGGCAUGUUCCUCCUAGAAGACCUGAAGACCGCGCUGCUGGACUUUUAGCGAUGAAGAACCCUCAUCUGAGCGAGAUCCUGCCCUCGGGAGACAAGAGACUCAAGCGCAAAGCCAGGGAGCCAAUGAAGCGCGUCAGCGACGAGCGCUUGCCUUACUUUAAACUGUACAAGAGCGCGCACCUCGCGGCAGAGACAGAGACGCGCGACGACAGCGCGUUCAGCGGCGCGGUGGACAUGAGGAUCAACGCCGUGCCUGACUCCAGACUCCGAGAGAAGCCUGUCAGCGGCAGAAGCGCUCCGGCGCAGGGCUUUCCUCUGGAGCGCGUUGCCUCGCGCGCCGCCUCUCAGGCGCCUGGCGAGAGCGCGGACUCGCCUCGGGAACGCGCCGGGGAGCCGUCGAUCAAAGCCAUCCAGCAGACGCGCCGACUGCUCGCGAACGCGCGCGAGAGGACGCGCGUGCACACCAUCAGCGCAGCCUUUGAGGCGCUGCGAAAACAGGUGCCCUGCUACUCAUACGGCCAGAAGCUCUCCAAGCUGGCUAUAUUAAGAAUCGCUUGCAACUACAUACUGUCGCUGGCUCAGCUGGCAGACCUGGACUACACGCCGGACCAGCGCCAGCUGAGCUUCAGGGAGUGUGUGGAGCAGUGCACGCGGACACUGCAGGCCGAGGGACGCUCCAAGAAGAGGAAGGAAUAAAAUGAAGAAAGUGAAGGUGGAGAAAGAAGGACCUCAAUCCAUCAACAUGAAGACACUCUCCCCGUGCGGGAAAAGCCUCGUAAUGAAAGUGUAAAGCGAUUUUACACUGCACUAUUGACUUUACUACAGCAAAACCGCUCCAGGCUCUGAAUAAUAUGCUAUUCUACAACGUUUGCACAGCAGAAACACAGAUGAUGUGAAAUCAGUUCAUUUUCCAUUGUUGCAGCAGACUGGUUAUUUAUUGUUGUUUGUUUUGCAGUGUUCUUAUACGGUUUAAGAAAUCAUACAAAGCUACAAGUUCAUGUGCAAAUUCUGUCAAAAAUGUCCUGCCAUGUGCAAGAAAGCGCACAUUUUCUUUCCUUUUUGUAAUCCAUAUAAUUGUUAUUCUUUAUUUCAUCAAAUACAUCAUAAACAAUCAUAUAAAUGAAAAUGCAUAUAAUAAAUUCAGCACUCAUCUCUCGUCUUCCAUUUGGUUUGUAUUAACAAUCGUUCUUGUUCUUAAACAGUUGCUGACUGUAUUUUAUAAAUGUAUUUACUGUUGAAAUACUUUGUUGUAAUUAAAUGUAGUCCAAGAAUUUA